UGACGUCAUCGUGUCGCGUGCACGAGAAUGCGGGCCACGCUGAUCUGCAAAUAUAGAAUAGAGGUUACGAGAAGAAUAGGAUGCCGAGAAAAAAAGGGUCGUCCUGUCAAAGUGGACGCUAAUAGAAUCGGUCACGGACAGAUAAUUGUCUCUCAUUGAGACUUUCCCUCUUGUGCGCGAAUGGAAUUUCUUGAGAAUUCUUUUGACGAUGUUUGUUUCCUCUCUCUAUUUUCUAGAGUGUCAUCAAUCUUGCUAAUCGAAUAAGAACAAUGCAAGAUUUCAAGAAAUCCGAGAAGAGGAGAACCGGGAGAGAGAUCAGUUGAUGCGCGCGAGAGAGACGCACACAUGGCCGCGUUAUUUGACAUAACGCGGUGGGGAUAAAAUCGGACCAAAAUAUCAUUCCGGAGCCGAAAACGAUGAUACCGGGUCGCCACCGGGAUGAUUCCGUUCGAAUAAUAUCUCGAACCCAAGCAAAUCGUUCUUCACCUCAUCGAGAAAUUACGCGGCAAGAUAGGAUGGAAAGUAAUACUAAGUAUGUAGUGAUACCUCUCCACCACCGGCCUGAGUUGAUCAAAGAUUGUUGUAAGUUACUUAAUUCUGAAUGGCCUCGAAGCGAAACUGCACGAAUGAAAUCUCUGAUUGUAUCCUGUGAUGAUUUUCCCACGUGUUUAAUUCUGAUUAAUGAUAAGGAUCAGGUUCUUGGACAUUGCAAAAUAUCUCUAGUUACUAGAUCGAAAGUUAGCUGCUUCAUAGAAUCCGUUGUAAUCGACUAUCGAUGUAGAUCUCGAGGAUUAGGAUCCAAAUUAUUGCGUGGCGUAGAAGAAUACGUCGCGAAGAGGGGUCUGAAGAAUAUAUAUCUAAAGACGGACGGUCAAGAAGUGUUUUACUACAAGAACGGAUACAAGGUGUGCGAUCCGUUCAAAGCGUAUGGUAUUAACGACAUCGUGACCGCCAGUCCGCCUCUCGGCAGAACAAAAUUCAAGGAAUGGAACAACGAUCAGCCACCGCCGCCGCCGCCGCCUCCAAUGCCGGCCUUUCAACUGUCAAAAUUUUUUGACGCGCGAAUGCUAUCCCAAAAAACGCAUAUGGUAAAAAAAUUAUGAUACUAGCUUUAUAUCAAAAUAUAUUUGCGCGUUUCCUUAUUCUUGUUGAACACGUUCGCGUUCAUGUCAAUUGAAAUUAGAUGAUUAAAGACGAAGAUUACAACAGAAUUUAAUAGGACAAAACAAAAAUGGGUAAAUUGUAAAUAGAUUAUUUAGUAUAUUGAACUUUAGGCAAUAAUGUUUUGUCCAAGAGAUCAUAUCACUAGUGCACAUUGAUUAGGGCAAAUCGUUUCGAAUAAUCAUUCACAAAUGAAAAUGCAUUUGAUUUUUCAAUCUAGCUAAUGUGAACUAUUUACUGGAUAUACUUAUUUAAAUUCCGUUCUUACAACGUUUGUAAAAUAGGAAAUCAUGUUUUUCAGCUAUUUUUAUAAUAAUUUAUAGAGUAUUAAUAGAGAUAGGUAGAUAGGAUAUUUAUUCUAAUUUUUUUAGGUAGAUAGAAUAUUUAUUCUUAAUGUUUUAGUACAAUAUAUUUCACGAGUCAGAUUAUUUAAAAUAUGUUCUCUUUUUUUUUUAUUGUUGACUUCUUGCGACAAAAUAAUACAAAUACGCUUUCUUCCAUCCAAUUCAUGCAAAUCGUAUCAGUUGUACAAAAAUAUAUAUAGAUAUAUAUAUAUUUACAUAUAUAUUUACAUAUAUAUACAUAUAUAAUAUAUUUUUCCACUAGAAAAACAAAUUGCAUGCAUUUCAUUAUUUAAGUCCCCCGCAUUUCAUCUCCUAUCAUGAAGUGGUGGCGAUGCCGCAAACUUUUUUGUAAUACUUAGGAUCCGUGAGACACUCGACGAGAAACGCACCUAAAUCGUGUUUAGAAAUUGCUCGUCCAGGCGAAGAAUCAAAUGUGACGGUAUACUUUGAUUUUGGAGUGUCUGUAAAGUAUUAAAUUUGUGAGACUUCGAGAACAUCGAACUUCCUUAUUCUUUCUACACAUACCUGCUAUAUGUGGCGGUAAUAUCGCUACCCACUUUAGGUCAGUAGCCUUGAUCAUGUCAAACAUGCGCUGAUGAUCUGCAUUCAAGUCCUUAAAUAUAGCAGGCACUGCUUCGGGUUUAUAGAAUAGAAAUGCUGAAAAUUAUAGAAAUUUUGUAGAAAAACAAGUAUUGUAAAGAGUACUGAAGAAUUAAAUACAGAAAAUCCCAAUGUACUAAAAGUA